AUUUUUAUCUACGUCUUGACCUAUCCUUUGCUGUCUCCAAGACAAGUCGCAGAUUCCUGGAGUUUUCCAGCAGAGAAUUUAUAAAAACCUUCAUCUGUGUUUAUCUCUCAGAAAUGUCCGAAACACGCCUGAGUCUGAUAAUUUUCGGUGCAACAGGUUUCACUGGUAAGUACACAGUGAAGGAAGCCCAUCGAUUAUCUAAAACCCAUCAAUUCACCUGGGGAAUUGCUGGAAGGAGCAAGGAACGUUUGGAGGCUGUGCUGAAGGAAUUUGCUCCAGAUGCUGACAAUGUUCCGAUCAUCACAGCCGACAUAAAGGACGAUGAAUCCCUCAAAAAAAUGGCAGAACAGGCUAGAGUAAUAGUAAACUGCUGUGGUCCUUACCGAUUCUAUGGAGAACCCGUAGUAAAGGCCUGCAUCGCUGCCAAAACUCAUCAGGUAGACAUCACUGGAGAGCCCCAGUACAUGGAAAGAAUUCAGCUGGAGUACCACGAGGCUGCCCAGAAGGCUGGUGUCUACAUCAUCAGUGCAUGUGGCUUCGACAGCAUUCCCUGCGACCUGGGAGUAAUCUUCACCCAGCAGAAAUUCCAGGGUGAAGUCAACUCCAUCGAGAGCUACUUGAACAGCUGGGCAGAUCAUAAUCUUGGAGGUCCUUCCCUCCAUUAUGGCACCUGGGAGUCUGCUGUUUAUGGGCUGGCCCAUGCCGACGAGCUCAGGGGCCUGAGAUCCAAGCUCUACCCCAAGAGACUUCCACCUUUUGAGCCAAGACUCAAAGCCAGAGGUGCAGUGCACUCGAGCAAUAUUUCAGAGGGAUAUUCUGUCGUAUUUCCUGGGUCUGAUCGAUCUGUCGUGUACAGAACUCAGCGUUAUCUCUACGAGAAUGAUAAAAUACGUCCAGUGCAAAUUCAGACGUACAUGACCUUCAAGUCUCUCCUGACAAUCAUGGCAAUUACAUGCCUGGGUACUGUCUUUUCUCUCAUGACCAAAUGCAAAUGUGGACGAACUCUGCUACUGAAGUAUCCUAAAUUCUUCUCUGGAGGAUUUGUCAGCAACGAGGGACCAUUAUUCGAAGCCAUGGACAAAACAUUUUUUUCCAUCACUUUCAAAGCCCAGGGAUGGACCGAAAAACUUGCUGAACCCACUGACAAGCACUCUGAAUCGCCAAAUAAAGAGAUGAUCACUAAAGUCUCUGGUAGAAACGCAGGCUACGGUGCCACCUGCACUAUGGUAAUGAUGUCAGCCCUCAUGAUCCUCGAAGAUGGAGAAAAAAUGCCAGAGAGUGGUGGUGUCUUCCCUCCGGGGGCAGCAUUUGCAAAAACAUCGAUAAUCGAUGAAUUAAAUAAAAAUGGAGUGACAUUCGAGGUCGUAUCGUCGAAGGAAAAAUAGAGGUAACGAGUGCAUGAAAAUUCACUCGAAAAGGCUCUUCAUUUUCAAGGAAUAAAUGACUUACUCCGUCGAUAUCUCGGACGUCCAAUUGAAUUCACGAUCUCAUAUUCCACUUUUUUUCUGCAUCUUCUCUGCCUCGACUUUUGUAAUUUCUUACGUAUUCAAUGAGCUAGUGUGACUCACAGGCUGGGUUUUCUCUAUUUACAGUACUAUUAAUUAAUUUUAUAGUGUAUAGAUUGUGUGUGUUGUACUAAUGUUGGAUGGAGAAAUAAAAAUCAUGAAAUGGGGGAAAA